AUGUCCACUCGCUUGAUCGGGUCUGUCCUCACUGGUGUUGACGCCGACUCCCGGGCCUGGACCACCAGUGUGGGUGCGGAGCCCCGGCAGGACCGGGACACAGCUAGCUGUCAGGCUUUCUCAGGUGACUGCCACUCCGCCUUCCCCGGGGGACGUCCGGCCGCCUCCGCAAAGCCGCCCGGCUGCUCUCCCCCGGUUUCCCGCGGUCGGACGGAGCGCCUGGCCUCGCCGAGGUCACUCCAACGGCGCGGGAGGCUGGAGGCCGCUCGGCGGGGAGGUGGAGGGAAGGCGGCGGCGCGCGGCGGGCCGCGGCGACCGGAGCUAGGUGGUGGAGCGCAGGGCGCGAGCUCGGCGGGACGCGCUCCGGAGCACGCGCCCGUGGCUACGCGGCCCCGCCUGCUCCGGAACCCGUGCCCCGGGAGCCCGUGCCCUCCUCCGCCCCCGAAGGGAGCCGGCUCUGAGAGAAGGCUUCACCAGGCCCCCAAGUCCCAUCUUCAUUUAACAUCAUUUCCUCUCAUCCUUGGCUGAUACGCUUGUCAUCUUAAAGUGAAACUAUUCUGGAGUACUGCCUCUGCCAAGAAGGAGAGGGACUCCUCUAGGUGGGUGAUAGAUUUUUUUCUAGAGUGGCUGUGUCAACAUCUAUAGCCACUCUUAAGGCUCUAUAGUUCUGGUCCUGGAGAACAAGAACUGAUGUUCCAGUACCUAUAGCCCCGGCCAGGCCAAGGCCUAGGAGGAAGGAUACUAAGACAGCCGUGAAAACCUCCCAUUUGGCCUGUUCUGGUGGUUCUAGCCAAUAGAAAAUCUCCUCUUCGGGGUAAUAGGUGAUCCUGGGGACUGAUUGCACCAAGGACACAGAAAUCCUGAGUGUUAUUUCCCUGUCCCUGUUGGACUCUGAGUCUCUCAUAUGCAGAGAGAGGCAUAAUUUGGUGGGGGCCGGCCUAUGCAGAGACCAUUCCCUGUCACAGACUGCAAGAUGAGCCUCCAUUUGCCUGAUUGUUGCCAUCUACAUGACUGGGUGGCCCAGAAGUCAGUAUAAUCUCCCAUUAUUGCAAUCUCUUUCUAAGAGGGGGUUUUUGUAUCCAGGAAAAGCCAACAGGUUUUAGCUUUUAAAAGAUGUAAUGGUCCUGGAUUGGGGGGUAGGUCUGUUGGGGCAGCCUUUCUGGUGAGGGUGAUUCUGUCAAUGGCCAGGGUCUGGUUGUCCUAGGUCCCAGGGUAAGGUCCGGUCAGUGUCUAAUGGGGACUAUCACCUUACUAGGACCCAGGGACUUUCGUGGUGGUAGGGGCUGGAUGUCUAGUUGUAGGGUAAACAAUGCCCCUAAAUCCUCUCAUACUGUUUUCUCUUUGUCAUACAUCCUUAGACCCCAGGUUUUCCCUGAUGUCUAACUCAAGGCCUUUUUACCAGCCUCAGUGAACUGGAUCAGUGCUGGGCUACAUGCCCAUCAGGUUGGCAGGGUGGUUCACUUGCCCUUUUUACUUUGAUAAGGCCUCCUGCUCUUUGGGGCCUUCCACCAGGUGUAGUCUAUAAAGAAGCAACUGCUGGGGGAUGUCUUUCUGGCUGUGAAUAUAUGCUGUUCCCAUUGGUUAAUAAAUAAGCUGAUUUGACCUAUGGCAAGGCAGCUUAGAGGCAGGUAGGAAAUCCAAGAGAGACAGGAAAGAGAAAGGUGGAGUCUGGGAGCCACCACCAGGAGAAGCAAGAUGUAAAAGUACUGGUAAGCCACAAAGCCAUGUGGCAAUGCAUAGAUUAAUAGAAAUAGAUUGAUUUAAUAUAUAAGAGCUAGUUAGCAAGAAGCCUGACCUAUAGGUCAUAUAGUUUGUGAAUAAUAUAAGCCUCUAUGUGUUUACUUGGGAACAAGAACUGCAGGAGGGAAAGAUUCGUCCUACCACAGGGCCAGGCAGUGCCAGAGAAACCUUCUGGCUACACGCAACUCCAUGAGGCACAGAAAUAGUGUAUCUUCCCAUCCCCUCCUACCCCGUGUUCCCCUCCCCCAUGUCCCCCACCACCACCACAGGUCCUCUUUUGAGUCUUAGUCAGAUCAUGUCCAGAACAAACAUAGGAAUGGUGGAAAUGUUGUCACAGCUGUGAAUCAGAAUAAUAAGUUGCUAAGAGGGCCCCCAAGUCAAAGUAUAUAUAGAUCAGGAAACCAAGUCCCUAAGUGGGUAGAAUGGAAGGUUUGAUUUAAGACCUCCCCAAUGUGCCAAUGACCUUCCAGGUAAGGUUAAAGGGCUGAUAGGGGUUUGGGCACCCUGUAGGGGUCUGAUUGGAAAACCCCAGCAGACAUAAACCAAGGAAACUGAAAAAGCAUAGGAGUGAGCCCAUCACUUAGCUGGUUCAAUGACUUUCUGGAUUCUUAAUCUGAGAGGGUCCUGUGGAUGUGUCACGGUCCUCCACAGUCGAGGGUGGGCCUCCAGGGCAUAGUCCUCAGGGUCGGCUUUUACGUGGGAGUGGUGUAUCCAGCCAUGGGCAAUGCCAGGAUGACAGUGUAGGGUCUCUUCCAGCCAGGCUCCAAGGUUUCCUUCAGGUGUCUUUUGAUGAUGACCAAGUCCCCCCAGCUGGAACCUGUGAAGAGCAGGCAGAGGUGCCUUCUCAUUGAUAGCACAUAUUUCAAGCCUGUUGGGGCUUGGGUGUCUGGGUUCAUACGGGUCCACUAAAUGAAGACUCAGAGGCGCCUUAAAAACAAAUCUAGUCUUUCAGGGCUGCAGGGGAAUCCACCCUCUAAGGACUGAAGGCCUUUCCCUUCACCCAGAGCAUUUUUAUUUUUCUCCAUAUUUAUACUUUAGCCAGUUGAUUUCCAUAUGUUCAAAACAAUCUGAAAAAAGCUCCUGAAAAUGCAAUGCCAUGUGCAAAUUUCUUGAUUCAUCAGGUACCACAAUUUUCCAAGUUUACCUAAGCAAGUUUUGCAUAGGCCUUUGCAUCCUUGGGAAACUCUCAGACAAGGUUCACAGGGUGUCAAGAGUAACACAAGGGUGACAAGAGAAACAAAGGGUAUCUGCUAAACAAAGGGAUUAGGGCUAGGUGCUAGUCUCUGGAGCCAGGCCAGGUGUAGCCUAAUGCUGCCACAGGAGCCAAAGCUGCUUCUGCACCUGGAACAAAACUUGUAGGGAUGAAAGAAAUCUUUGGUCAUCAAAUUCAGCUAACAAUUCUGCCUUAAGGUUGGUAAUAAGAGUGGGGGUCUGGCAUACAUUAUCUCGAAUGGGGUUAAGUUCAGGGUGUAAGGAGAAUUGCAAAUCCAAAAAAGAGUGAAGGGAAGGAGAGAUACCCAGUUACCGCCAGUCUCGGGUUAAUUUAGUUAAGGUCUCCUUUAGGAUCCGAUUUAUUCUUUCUACUUUACCUGAACUCUGGAGGCCAUAGAUACAAUGAAGCUUCCAGUUUGUCUACAUGACCUUAACUAUCUUUUGGGUUGCCUGAGAGAUAAAGGCAGGUCCAUUGUCUGAGCCUAAUAAGACAGGAAGUCCAUACCUGGGAUGAUAUCUUCUAGAAAUUUCUUGGCCACAACAAUGGCUGUCUCAUUCUUGGUAGGGUAAGCUGCAAUCUAUCCUGAAAAGGUAUCUAUAAAGACCAAUAGGUACCUGUAGCCACAGAGCCUGGGCUUUACCUCAGUGAAGUCAGUUUCCCAAUUGGCUCCAGGCUACAUUCCUCUGCUCCCCAUUGAUGCUCCUGUGCCUGAUUUAACUUUCACCAGGUGACAUGUUGGGCAGGAGGCUAUGGCUUCCUCCAUUUUUGGUCUCAAGUCAAACACCUUGAGGUGUGCUCCUUCUAAGCAGGUCUUGUAUUUUCCUCUUCCCCAAGUGGGUACUUCGAUGUAUCUGCCAGACUAAUUGGCUGGCAAAGUGUGACGGGGGGGG